AAAUGGAGUAUGGGUGGUACCGCAGAUAACUUAAUCUAAAUCACUUUUACAAGGGAUUUGACAGGUUUAUAUAAAUAGGGGCAAGGAUUAGUCUUGCAGUAGUUUCCAGUAGCAUUCAAACACGAACAUGGCAGUGCUGACUCUCCUGACCAUCGCCCUCUUUGCAGGCGCGGCCUACUCCGCCCCUCAGGCUUCUCGUAUCGUGGGGGGAACCGAGACUACUAUCGCCAACUUUCCCUCUAUCGUUGCGGUAGAAUUCUUCGGAGUCUGGACUGGUGUCUGGUCCCAGUCUUGUGCCGCCAACAUUCUGACUGCUCGUUACGUCUUGUCUGCUGCACACUGUUUCGAUGGCAUCUUCUAUCAACCAGAGAACCGUCGUAUCAGGGCUGGAUCUUCCUACCGUAACACUGGUGGUAUCCUGUCUUACGUCGAGGUUGAGUUCAACCACCCCACCUACGGUCUGAACGGUUACGAUGGUGACAUCUCCGUCAUUCGCCUGCGUACUCCCUUGGAAUACAGCCCCGUGGUCCAACAGGCUACCAUUGUCUCGCAAGGAUUCAAGAUCCCUGACAACUUGCCUGUCAAGCAUGCUGGAUGGGGUGCCAUUUCGCAAGGAGGACCUAUGUCUCCCGUGCUCCUGGAGACCACAAUCUUCACCAUCAACAACGAGCUGUGUGCUGCUCGCUACCAGACCUUGGACCCACCUUCCGUUGUUACUGAGAACAUGAUCUGCGCCGGUAUUCUUGACGUCGGUGGCAAGGACGCCUGCCAGGGUGACUCUGGUGGUCCUCUCUACUACGGUGACAUAGUGGUCGGUGUCGUGUCUUGGGGUCAUGGCUGCGCUAACGCGACCUUCCCCGGAGUCAGCACUGCUGUGAGCUCCUACACCGACUGGAUUGCGGCUUCUGUCCACUAAAUCUCUCUCGUCUAUUUUACUUAAUAAAUUACCUAAGUGUUUGAAACAUU